AUGGCCAGCCCCUUCCAAGUCUCAAUGUGUCGACGAUCAAACGACAACUGCGUGUCCAUCAGCCAGAGCGAAGACGCACAGUCAGCACUACUCUUCCCUCGAAGGGAGACAACAAUGGACCAGCCAGAGAAGGCACUCCCAGACAAGCUCCUCGUAGAGAAGGCACUGGAGGACGGGGCUCCCCCUGAGACUCCCCUCUCAACGUUCCAGAACUAUCUGCAGAUCGCGCUGGACGCCGCCUUCAAAGACGCCCUCCGUCCCCACACGCUGCGACCGCCGCCGCCGCCGCCGCCGUCGCCACCGCCGCCGCCGCCGCCGCCUCUACCACCCCGACACACGACGCCGACACACCAUGCCGACACACGACGCCGACACACCACGCCCUCCCAUAGCCCCUCAAGACCCACCGUUUUGCUGACGCAGACACCCUCCCAUCCUCCAACAUCCUCAAAGUGCGUGAUAAAUGAGUGUUGA